GGUCACGAGUGUUGACUCAAAAUGGAAGUUUAUUUGUUUUAGAUGUUUGGUGCACCCUUUUAAAGAAUUUGUGUAGUUAACUAAAUCGGUAAAAUGUCUCGCAAUUACACUCGAGAUCAUCUUAAAAUAUCUGUGGCAAAAAUUUUACAAACACUAGGAUGGAAUUCGAUAAAUUCAACACCUUUAGAGAUAUUAACCGAUAUUUUAGGAAAUUAUAUGAGCCAGAUUACCAGGAAUACAAACAGUUACGCAAAUGAAUUUGGGUGCACCCAACCGAAUUUGGACCAUUUGGGUCUGACCUUUAGGGAUAUGGGGAUCAGUGUUCCCGAGCUAGAAGAGUACGUGAGAUAUGUAAAUUUUGCUGCAGCACCAAGCCCUGUUCCUAAAUAUCCCAUACCCAAGGAAGACCAUUUGAAUUUUUUAAAACCAGGCAGCAAAGAGGUGGUUACUAGACCUGUCCACAUUCAUGAACACUUACCCCCCAUGAACCCACUUUUAGAAGGUAGUAAAAAUGAAUUAGAAGCAAUCACUUGUAAAGUUGAGGAACCAGAAGAAACAAAUUCUGAAAAUUCACAAGUUUUUAAAAAACCGGCCGACAUAUCACCUUCAGAAUUUAAACGGCCUAGUUUCCGUAGAGAAGAAGAAGGCAGUAGACCUACAAGAGAAAUAAGUAGUGUGAUGAUGACAACUUCAGGGUUCUUAUCACCAGCCAGAGAAGGCAAAUUACCUGAAUCCAGAACUCCAAUUUCAUCUGUAGAUCCGAUGGGUCCGGUAAACCCACCUCAGGAGACCAUAGAUCUGAACAAAAAACCGACGAAAGUCGUGAAAAAAGUAGAAAAGAAGAAAUUCAAACAGGAAGCAAAUAUGGAUCCCACUCUUCUUGGAAAAAACAAAAUGAACUCAAUGAAGUGCAUACUAAAAUCCAAGCAACAACAGAAAGUACCUAACAAAGUCCUAAAUUCUAUACCACACAACAACGACAAUAUUUCACAGUUGCAAAACAAAGCAAACCAAGUCGCUAAGAUAAACAAAACCUUAGCUGCAGCUCGGCUCAAAACUGAGAAACUCAACACUACAAUUACUCCAAUUCCAAUGCGGCCCAACAGCCCUCAAGUGUUCUUAACUGAACACGACAACGUUGACAAACUCUUCACUGAACCUGACAAGAAAAAAGUCAACAUCUUCAAAAAGAUAUCAAAUGUGAAAAACGAAAAAGCCGAUAUUAAAAUCAAAAAAGACGACAUCAAACAGGAAUCUCGGGAAAGCUCCCCUGAUCUUAUAAUUGAUGAACCCGACGAGGUUCUUCCGAAAUUCACCCACUUAUCAAGCGACGUAACCAUUGAACCUAUCAAUUCCUCCAUUCAAAAAAGUCCAGAAAAGAUGGACACACCCUAUUUCGAUGAUGACUCCCAACCUGGAACACCAUCGACUCCUAAAACACCCGAAAUGAUCUCACACAGUCCGCCAAUAGUCAAAGAAAAACGGAAGCGGAAAGACAGCAAGAAGAUGAAGAGAAUUCCGAAAAAUCAAAGUCCUCAUCGGUUAGAUAAUGACACGAUGGAUAUAGAUAUGGAGCGACCGAAAACACCGGAAGCUCAAGUAUUACCGAAAAUGGAGUUUCCGCCAAGUGUGCCUGUUCCAAUUCCUAAUCAUGCACCUUUGGCUCCAAUUCCAUUCCCUUUCAAUUUUGGAGGUCCAGGACUAAUACCAACACCUUUAGCGAAUCCACUGAUACCUCCAUUGACGUUUCCACCAAUGAAUUUGUACAAUUUCGGCCAAAAACCACAUUUGUCUUCGUUCCACCAAAAAAUAGAACCACCUCCAUCAGAUGUCCACGUGGUGGAAGAUUCUCCACCUCCCCCUAGCAAACUAAACCAAGAAAAACCACUUUCUAAUGACAUUGAUCCAGGAUCACCUUCGUCAAAGUUAGAAAAGAAAAACAAAGAACACAAAAAGGAAAAGAAAGACAAGAUUAAAAAACGAAAUAAAAAAGAUAAAAUCAAGAACAAGGCUGAAAAGAAGAAGCUGAAGGAAGAGAAGAAGGAGAAGAUUAAAAAGGAGAAGAAAGAGAAAAGGAAUAAGGAAAAAGAGCUGAAAGAUAGCGAUUCUCCAGGGGUAAAAAUAACGUUUAAACUGAAAUCGCCGUCUCCCAGUCCUGAACCAUCCGAAACUAGAAAAUUAAACAUCAAGCCGAUUGUGAAAAAGGAAGAAGAAAAUGUUGUUACGAGUAGUGAAGAUAGGAUAAAACGUGAGACAUCGCCCGGUUUAGCUAAAAUCUCAGCUUUAGUGUGCGGACCACCCAAACCUAAACCUGUUAACCCUCCAAAAGCCGUGCAACCAGCUUUCAAUGACAGUUAUCCUAGUUCCUCUUCUGAUAAUUUCGUAAAUCAAACGAAGAAAACCAUGUUAAAACCCAUUCCUAAAAUACGAACAAAAGAAAUUAGGAGAGAAAUUGUUGAUGUUCCAAUAAUACCACCAGCUCCUCCUUCCAGAUACAUUGACGCUGACGGAAACGAGGUUUGGAUAUGUCCCGGCUGUGGACGUCAAGAUGACGGCAGUCCGAUGAUUGGCUGUGACGGAUGCGAUGCAUGGUACCAUUGGGUUUGUGUGGGAAUUCAAGUGCCACCAGACGAUAGUGAGGACUGGUAUUGCAGACAUUGUUUACUUAAAAAAAAUGAAGACUUGCAAAGCGACAAACAAAAGAAAAAACGCAAGAAAAAGGAAAAGAAAGAACAUAGUUGAGAUUCGUUUUAAAGCAAUAGGUCGUGAUGUAAAUUGUUUCCAUACAAAUGAACAGUAAUUUGUUUGUAUAAUAGUGGAAUGAUUUGUAUAUUUUUGCCUGAAAAAGCCUGAAACCGUCUUCGUUGUUUGGAAAUGAAUUAACAUCACGAUCUACAACAAAUAGUACCUACACCUAAUUAAUUUUUAUUUAUACCUUUUCUUUUUUGUAUAUUUGUAGAGAAAUGUAAAAAUUGGGGAAUUUUAUUAAAUACAAUUUUGUAUUAAGUUUUUUACAAGUAAUUUAUUUAAAUUUUAAUU